CCGCUGUGAAGAACGGGUGGGAGCAUUUUUAUAUGGUGCAGUAAAAUAGUCGGUGGUGCAUUUUAACAUCAGAAACAUAAAUACAAGUGAAAAUAAAUGAAGUGUCCAAAUUAAAUCGAAAUAGAUCACUUGUGUGUCUAAAAAAUCAAAUAUUUUUAUGGAUUUUUUCCAAGACAUACCAACGAUAGAAGAAACGGACUCUGUCAGAACAAAACUUUAGAACUCUUGGGAAUACACUACAUAAUGAUGGACUUCUUCUUUUCGAUACUUAUAGCAUUUAUGACAUUUUUACGGUUUUUAACCCAUCCGAUCUACGUGUGGUUUGCACAAGGAAAGAAAAAAAGUGUACCACCGAUAACAAAUGAUAUACUUCGUAUAAACGCUACAGAAUUGGCUGCCAAAAUUAGGAAGAAACAGUUGUCUAGUGUUGAAAUAUGCCAAGCCUACAUAGAUCGGAUCAAACAAGUGAAUCCAAUAAUCAACGCAGUGGUAGAGGACAGAUUUCAACAGGCACUGAAGGAAGCCAAAACUGUGGACGAUUACCUAACAAAGUGCGCGCUGAACGAAGAAGAUCUAGAAAAGAUCAAACCGCUGUUAGGAGUACCGGUGACCAUUAAAGAAAGUUGUAGCUUACAAGGCCUUAGUUACGCGGUAGGCAUGUUGAAUCGUUGUGGGUAUAAGGCAGAAAGUGAUGGAGAAGCUGUUGCAAGACUGAAGACCAGUGGGGCGAUUCCUCUGCUAGUUUCGAACACGCCCGAAAUGUGCUGCUGCUUGGAAUCAAGCAAUUUCAUCACAGGCUACACAAACAACCCCUACGAUACUACUUGUACAAGCGGCGGCUCUUCAGGGGGAGAGGGUGCUUUACUUGGAGCUGGAGCUUCUGUUAUCGGAAUUGGUUCCGAUAUUGCGGGAUCUAUCCGAAUUCCAGCACUGUACAACGGAAUUUUUGGACACAAGCCAACUGCAAGGAUUGUCUCAUUAAAAGGCCAUUUUCCCUACUGUUAUGAUGAGAAAUUUAAGAGUUGUUUGGUUAUUGGACCUAUGUCUAGAUACGCCAAAGAUCUCAAGUUGAUGUUGAAAAUCUUAGUGGGCGAUAAACAAGCCACACAAUUGAAGUUAAAUCAAAAAGUAGAUCUCAACAAAAUAAACGUUUUCUUCAUGGAAGGUACGGAUUCCAUUCUAGAGACGAGAGUCCAAAGCGAAAUCAAAGCAGCGGUACAAGAUGCCGUGAAAUAUCUAAGCAGCCAAUGUGGAGUUAAAGUCAAAGAUCAUAAAUUUGAAUUAAAGUAUACUUUGAACUGUUGCGGUAAACACAUAUUUAAUAUUAAGGACUUACCAGAUCCCCUAAAAGGAGAAAACGAUAACAUAUUUACAGAAAUUAUAAAAACAUUAUUUGGUCAAUCCCGAUAUACGCCGAAUCUGUUGCACUAUUUACUAGUAAAUAAAAUAUAUGAUUUGUUUGUUUCCGAUCGAACCAUGGAAUUUGCACAACUGAAAAAGACGUUUAUAGACUCUUUGGGGGAUAAUGGUGUAUUUAUUUAUCCCAGUGCGUACACCACUGCUGGCAAACACAACCAAUUUUACUUUUUAACGACGACAGCUGCUUACACUAUACUUGCCAAUACAUUUGGUUGCCCUUCCACAAGUGUACCAUGCGGCCUUGACAAAAAUGGCUUACCCGUUGGAAUACAGAUUAUGGCUGCUCCUAAUCAAGACCGCCUCUGCUUGGCAGUUGCGGAGGAACUGGAGAAACAUUUUGGGGGAUGGGUACCUCCAAAAUAAUUGACUGCGAUAUCUUUAAACUGUAUUUUAUUUUUUUUUUUGUAAAAAUGAGUGAUUUUUAUUUUAUUUUAUGUGGUUGUAACUAAACCUGCUUAAAACGUACUAUUUAGUUAUAAUAUAUUUAAAUAUUAAUUAAAAAAUAUGUAUACUAAUUUGUUAUA